CCUCCGCCGCAUGUAGCGCCGACUGCACGGCAGCGAGGGGAGGCAGUCAGUCCGCGUGCUGCUACUGAGGGAAGCUGCGGCGACUCGCGACUCUCCGUUACACGCAGGUAUCUCCUCCCGCCGUCGUCAAAACAAGUCACCUGGAUCUUUUUUUCCCCUCCAAAAAAACCUUUUUUUAAAUCAACGCGUACUCCACCCGAUGUGAGAGAGAAAGAAAGACAGGAAAAGGAGACAAGACAAAAUAAGAGAGAGAGAGAUGGGAGCGUUCAGGAUGCUGCUGGGGAGUUUACAUUACAUGGGACUCUAUUUGCAACUUAGUACCUCGACACGGCAAGCUGGACACACCGAGAUAGAGAACCACAUCUCCGGGAACGCUGUGUUUACGGAGGUGCCUCACGACAUGACUGCGCAGAGGGGUCAGGACGUAGAGAUGGCCUGCUCCUUCAGGGGCGCAGGGACGCCCUCCUAUUCGCUGGAGAUCCAGUGGUGGUACAUCAGGAACCAUCGCGACUGGACAGAUAGCCAGCCCUGGACAACCAAUGAGGUGGCUCCUGAGGAAGAGAUGCCAAAGGAUGCUACCAAGAUCAGUGUUGUGAAGGUCGCCGGCAGCAACAUCUCCCACAAACUCCGCCUCUCUGCUGUCAAGCCGUCUGACGAGGGCACCUACGAAUGCCGCGUCAUCGACUUCAGCGACGGCGCAGGCGCCCGCCGACACCGCGUCAGAGCCUACCUGCAGGUGGUGCCGGUGGGCGGCGGCGGCGACCACAACGACAACUUCGAAGCCCUGGACGAUACCACCAAGAGAGGAGCAGGUAACUUUGGAUUCGAGAUGAACAGGGAUGAUGGCGAAUCGCACAGCGGCGUGAAAGAGCGCGGUCACGGCCAUCACCAGAGCCACGGCAAGCAGCCUUCGUCGUCGGCCCACCACAGCCACGGCCAGCAGCACAAGGCAGGCAGAGAGCUGAGGAAGAGGGAUGUGGACGGUAGCCACAGCUCCAGUGACUGCACCAACGAGCCUAGCUGUGUGCUCUAGAUGCUGGCUUGUUAGGAUUGCAUAAAUCUUACAUGAUGUAUAUACCACAGCACGGAAAGCUAUUAUUCCCGCACAGGGCAGACCUGUGCACAAAUCCAAAAACACACCAUUCCCUUGAAAUUUACGGCUUUGUCAGAGCACAGAGCUGUAGAGUCCUGGAUGAGAUGCGCUGGGCGGGAAACGUAGCUUUUUUUCUUGCUGUGCAUGGGUCUGGGUUAGACUGCUCAUUGUCAAUAAAGCCUGGCUUCACGACUUUCAGCAAGGGGCAGACAUGCUGAUCUGGGCAGCUGCACUGCCUCUGGUCUCAGCACCACCAAAAAGACUCCAGUCUUACUAUAACCCCCAUCUGUUCCACUCUUGUAUUUUAGAUACUGUAAAUCACAGUCCCGCUUUCACUCAUACCUCCUUCACUGCCUUAUAAUCUCCUCUGAUACACCCUCAAGACAAAUGAGUAUCAAACUGUACCUUUCUUGGUUUUCCACCCAGUAAACAAAAAUGUUCCUUCUUUUCUGAGAGUGCACAGAAAGAAACUCCAGAAAUGUUUCACUUCUUUUUGGUGUGAAGUCCUAUCUGUCCAACUACACCAGCUUCAUCGUUCCUUUUUGUGAAUUGAAAUAACUGAAUUACAGUGCACCCAAAGUUCAGCACAUUCUUCCAGUUUUAAUAAAUCCACCAUAUAGAAGAAGAGAACGUAUUCUCUCUUCAUCUGUGGUUUCAGAAAAUCAGUGAUCAUCAAGGGCCAGUUGACACCUCAAAAAAGUUCACGUCAGUACAGUUGCUGCCAUGGUAGACACUCCCUUCCUCCUGCAUUAGUGCUGCAGGAUUUUCCAAACAGUUCCUCUUGGAUAGGACAACAGUACAGCAGUAAUGCAGCAAGCAUGUGGGACUUGUAGGACUUGUUCAACAGGCACACUGGUAGACCAUUUAGACUAAAACAUCAUGGCCUGGAUUUUCCACUGAGCACCAAGAAUUGGUCGUUAGCUCCAUGUUCAGAAGAACAGCAAAUCAGAUUUUUCUCACCUCCUCGGCCACAGAUUUGAUCAGUUCACAGCCAGUUCAGUCUGAAAUAUCAACUGUGUAGUUACCAGGGUUCCCACGCUUCUGAGGAAAUCAUGUUCUAGGAUUUUUCAAAGGACAUAUCCAGUGCUUUAUGUACAUGUUAACUUACUCACAGAAGGUCAGCGAUUAAUCACCACAGCAGUUUUGGGUGUUUUUGACCCAUUUAACAUUCCGUACAUAAGACACUGCACUAUGCCAACAUUUAACUGGGAAUGAAUAGGCACUUGGUAUGAAUAUCUAUUAUUUUCCAAGAUCUCACUAACAUCUCCAGGAUAUUUUAUCAGUUUUCAAAUUUCCCAAAUGUUCGCCAUGACUGGAAAGUUAGUCUAUAAAUUUCCAUGUUUUCCAGGAUGCAUGGGAAUGUGGGAAUUCCACAGCCAUGACAAGAUCAAAUCUGUGCCAAGAGUUACAGCUUAGAUUUUGCGUGCCUCUCAAUCCGUUUCGUGUCUGACUGUAAGUCAGGAGAAGAAAUGCGGUCUUAGUGCAUGAUGGGAUUUUUGUUGGUUGUUAUUUUCUUUCUUGGGAAGAGCAGUCCUGAACUCCUAUCCCAACUUGACUCCCUGUUGCUCUGUCCCAGUCCCCAUCAAUCAUUGAAAAGGCCUCAAUCGUCUCCACUAUAAGCCUCUAAGUCACGCUGUAUAUAUUACUGUAUAAAAUUAAAUAAAAUGACUGCAUGUUCAAUAACGUUUUCUUAAAUAAAUUUUCAACCAUACAGACAGUGUGUUGCUUACAGAUAUAUUUUUUGCCGUUUCUUUGUCAAUUAUCCGUUUGGUUUGUUCAGAUCCAUCACGACCCUCUUCUGUCCUGUAUAUCUUUUUCUAUUAUAGAAGUUGAAUAGAGAAAACGUCUUUUUCAAAGUGCAGUUUUCUGUUGCUCUACUGCUCUUUAUAAGUGCUGCACAGACAGAUGAAUGACACAUUGUCUUCACAGCUGCUCUGAAGGGGUUUCCCAAAAGUAUCUUAGUAUUUUAGCAGUGUUUCUUUUACCUCUGGGUGUCAUGAGUGCUACCACAUUUUAAAAAGCCCGGAACCUGGGAUGAGAUGAAUUUUAACUGGGUUUGGGACCUGGUGUGAAAAUGUUGAAGAGGAUGUGCAUCAAAUUACUCUCUGCUCUGUUUUAAGUCAAUGAAUAUGUCUUUGCUUAGAUGCUUGUGUGAAGCCCGGCCCUUGUCUGUAAAGCUGUGGGGAGCUUAUGAGGAAAUGCAUAGUGGAGAUACUGCAUUCAGCGAUGUGGAUGAAAUAGUGGGUAAAGUCUUGGAAUUUCAGUAGUUCAUUGUAGUUUUGGUGCAAACUUUGCCAUACACUGCCGCAUUUUUUUUUCUGUCUCGUGGCCAUGAGGGGCUUUUCUUCUGCAUCAAGUACUAUCCAUCAAGAAAACUCCUGUUGUGGGCGGUCCCGGAUCACCGGGACAGUGCUGGUGUGAAAGAAAGGAAUGAAGAGAUUGUUUUUCAAUCUAUAACUUUGCUUUGACAUUUUGUAAGGAAGAAAUCACUGUAAAAAGAAACAAAAGAAAAAAAAAACAUUGUACAUUUCUUCUAGAAUGUUUGGUCUCACACUAAGUGUAUGCCUUUAUCAAAUCAAAUAAUAAAUUGUAUAUGAAAUAACA